UCUUUCGUGAAAAACGUCUUCCCCUCCUCCGUUUGCAAUUUCCCUUUUGUUGUGCUUCUGCUCUGCUGUUGAAAGCUGACAUUGGCUGUUCUGGCUUUUUCACUCGUAACAUUAAAUUUAAUUAGCGGAUUCGGUAAGAAGCGGACUAGAGGAGCCGCCAGUGGAUAGGGCAGACUGUCGCAGGGGUGUAAUCACAGAGAAUAAAGAGUUGUACAUACAGAGAGAGCAUCCUUGGUUAAAUUUUGUCUCUUAUGGGAGAGCGAAAAUUUUGAGUUCAGCCUUUUGCCAGCAGAGGCGCUAGGAGCGAUUAUGACGUCACACGGCUCAGCCGUGUACAUAUAUCUCACAGAGUAUAUAUGGGCCAAGGCCAAGGAAAUGGGAGAAGAUACGGAAAUGUACCUGCGAGCAAUGAACCCAUCAUGCACUGGCGCCGUGCAGCCAAAUUUAUGCAGGUCCAGCGCGCAGCAACUAGUUGGUGUGGGGGUGCGUGCCUACGUUUGGCAGCAUUGCCGAGGGAGCUGCGGAGGAAAAGGGAUGAGUCAGUUGUUUGUCACACACUGACCAUCACUGACCAGCACAAUAUAUUUAUGUGUUAAAAUUUCACGUUGCUGCUUAAUUUGCUGAUUGAAUGAUUUUCUUGUGAUACUAAGGAGGUGAGAUUUUAUUUAUUUCCAAGUUGGACAUGAAUUAAUCUGCUUUUCAUGUAUUAUUUUUUUUUUUUUUUUAAGAAUUAUUCAAUUUCAUGGAACCAAAUAUUUGCGAUGAAAGCAUGCUGCCGGAACUACAGCCUGAACCCCCUGACCUUCCUAUGCAAAAAGGAGACAAAACCCGCAGAGUGCAACUAUGCACUUUGUGCGGUAGAAAGCGGCCAAUUUCGGACGACUGCAGUGACACAACCCGCUUUCCUCUCUUUCGGCUGCAAAAUGUGAAAAAACCUGAAGUGAGGGAGCUGUGGACAUCAUAUAUUAAAAGAUUUUACCCUUCUGUUACAAUUGUGAACUCUCUUCAAGUUUGUGAUUUACACUUUGAGAUGCACAUGAUACAAGAUUCUGGCUCUAGAAAAAUACUAGUAGAAGGUGCCUUCCCCAGCAUUUUUGUUGCAAACCAAUUUAAUUCGUCAUACGCUGCAGCACGGAAAAGAAUCUCAAGCACCCUCCCAGAAGUUGCACCUGGAUCCAAAAAGAGUCGUCGGAAGUUAAUCGAGAGCUCCCUGUCAGGAGAGGAACCGCCUCGGCCGCCCUCUCUUCCGAAUAUGCAACUGGACGUUAGUGGCUGUGAACCUUCGCUUGAUGCUUCUCUGGGUGCCGUUAAUUAUCCAGCUAUCUACGAGAUCGUCACAAGGCAAGAUAUUUAUGAUUUGAUAAAAAGCCAGCAAGAAGCAGUUGCACAAACAUUCCCUUCAUUGGUAUUUGCGGAAGAAACACCUAUCCGUCAACACUUUAAUGAUGAUUGUGCGUCUUUAGAAUGUAAGUUAAAUGAAUGGAUUUCUCGCGCUGAAAAACCAGAAACACGCGCUCCAUUUGAAAUCAAAUUUGAAUUCAAAAAACUACAAAAAACAUACAGUCUGCGCUGGAGAUAUUACAUGAAAAACUUGGCUGUUAUUCAGAAUAAAGAGGAAAUAAAUCGGCAUGACGAGGAAAUAAACAAAUACAAAAUUAUUAAUGAUCAAUUGCUGAAAGAAAAUGGCAGAGUAAAAAAAAUUCUCAAAACUUUGCAGAAAAAACUGAACCGAAGUAAUGACAAAUUGGUUUCUAUGCAGGAAUUAAUAACAAAAUUAACAGAGGAAACCAUUUUUAGCCCAGAAAUUGAUGAAAGGCUGAAAAAUCUCCUUCCGGCAACUGGCUAUGCUUUUAUGCAGCGAAUUGGCAAGCAGGCGACUGAAGGAGCAAACAGAAAAGAGCAGUUCACUGAAAAAGAAAGAGAAUUUGCUCUCACCCUACACUUUUACUCUACUUGUGCAUACGAAUUUGUACGCAGUAAUUUUCCUUUUGCUCUGCCAUGCGUGCAAACAAUAAAAACUUGGUUGCGUGCUAAUCCUACUGACGUUGGGAUAAAUGAAGUUGCUCUGAGCAUAUUAAAAAUUCGUGCAGACGAAUAUAAAGCUAGGGGUGAGCAACUGUAUGUUGCUUUCAGUUUUGACGAUAUGAGCGUGAAAAAACAGCUAGAUUUUGAUAACAGUAGAGUUUGGGGCUAUGCAGACAUGGGUACUAAAGAGGGCGAAAAACCCAUAGUCGAUGUUGAAGCAAAAGUUGCCCAAUAUGCGCGAGUGAUUUUAGCCACCGCAAUAAAUGGAAGAUGGAAAUGGCCAUGCGCGCUUUAUUUUGUGGACUCGCUAAAUGCUGUUGAUAGUGCAAAAAUUUUAAAUGAUUGCAUUUUGAAGGUAGAGGCGACUGGAGCUAAAGUUUUGUCGGUGACGUUUGAUGGCACUCCAACAAAUAUUGCAACGGCAAAUGAGCUUGGCGCUAAAUUGAAUGUCCACGAAAAUCCUCAGCAUUACUUUCCUAAUCCCACAGACAAAAAUCGACCAAUCUACGUAUUUUUAGAUGCAUGUCACAUGAUAAAAUUGGUUAGAAACUGUUUUGGAAGCAAAAUUAUAUACAGCGGGAAAGGCAAAAUAGAUUUUACAUAUGUGCGCAAACUUCACAAUUUUCAGAUUCAACAAGGUUUGCAUCUAGCUAACAAAUUGAGAAAUAAACAUAUAAACUACCAUCAAAAUAAAAUGAAAGUACCCAUAGCUGUACAGACUUUAAGUCAAUCUGUCGCCGAUAGCAUCAAAUUUCUAAUGCAUAAGGGACAUAAAGAUUUUGAAAAAGCAGAAGCUACAGUAGAAUUUUUAGAAAUGUUUGAUUCCCUUUUUGAUAUUUGCAACUCAAGAAAUCCAAAAACGCUUGGUAAAAAGGCUCCUGUAGAAAGAAAAAACCACAAGGAGUGGUCCACAUUUUUCAAUACUGUCACAGAAUAUAUUAAAAGUCUGAAAUUAGAAAAUGGCGUAAGCAUUUUAAGAUCAAAAUCAUUUACAGGCUUUUUCGGAUUCAUUGUCUGCAUGAGGAGUAUUUCUUCUCUUUAUGAAAACUUUAUAAAGGGCGGGAAGGGCAACAAGGAAAUGCUUGGGUAUUUGCUCACUUACAAAUUUAGUCAGGACCACCUUGAAAUGUUUUUUGGUGCUCUGAGAAGGAAAGGGGGUCAUAAUGAUAACCCCUGCUGCAAAAAUUUAUUUGUUGCUUACAAAUAUAUCAACACCCCAGCUGCCAAAAUCGAAAAAUUAUCCGGAUAUUACCCUCUCUGGAGAGGAUAAUAUCCGGAUAAAAGUCAGUUUUGGCAACUGGGGCAUUCACAUAGAAAUUAAAGCCUCGAGGAAUGGAAAUGUGACACCUGAUGAGAAAGAAAUUAUACAUGAUGCACUUUUUUCAUCAAAGAGGGCAAAGAAAAGAAGUGACUUCCAUUUCAGUGGUGGAAUGUUAGAGCUUGACUUUGAAUGUCUUCAAGAUAUUGAGAGUAUAAUCAACUGUGGUGCAAAUAUUAAUUUCAAGAACGAAAGUUAUCUGGCACCAAAUUCACAAAUAGCAAAACAGUUUGAGCAUGACUAUGAGAUGGAUUUGGACAAGAACCUUGAUAUUGUAGGCUAUAUAUCAGGUUAUCUCACUCUAAAAUUCAAGAGAGAAGUGAUGUGCCAAGAUUGCCUCGAAGCAUUUGUGAUUAAGGAUGAACGCCCUAAUGAUAUGCCAGGCUGUGCUUUGAUACAGCAGAAAAACAGAGCUGCGGCAAAAUUUGGUUUGAGUUUCCCUACUCAGGACAUGAUAAAUAUUUGCAUGGUUACCAAUAUGUGCAUAAAUGAGGCAAAAAAUGCCAUAAACGGGAAAAACUUGAAUGCAGUUGUCGGGAGAAACAUCCCUCAAAAGGUCGCAAACAGACUGUUGCAAACCAAGAUAUUUGUUGAUUUCCGAGAGCAUUUUGCCACCCACGGUGAGAAUGCGUUCAUGACUUUGAUAACAGACGUGAGCGAAAGGUACGUAAAAACAAUGUUGCACCAUUUGACUAAGACAGAAAAUUGUAAGGUUAUAUCAAAACGUCAUGCUCGGAAAAAAAUUACUCAUUUUGAAGGCAUGUAAAAAAGCAUGUCACAAAAUUAUGUAAUUACGCAUACUAUGCUCAUCUCUGGACGCAAAGUCUACGUAAAAUUGUACAAAUAAUUCCGUUUUAGCACUUAUACUUUUUAUUUUAAUGACUGAUAAUUAAAAGAAAAAUUUUAAGUUCAAUUGAUAUAACAUUUUAAGUGAAAUUAUUUCAUUGAUAUUACUUAUGUUUUCAAAUAAAAGAUAAAAUUAUAUUAUCUGCGUGUUCUUCUUCACAAGCUGGCUUUGUCUUGGAAUAUGAAAAAAAUAAAUAAAUGUGUGCUUAUACCGUCUUGAACCGUCCUAUGAGUAAUAUGUCAAAUGCAAACGGAAAAAUAGUCCAUUGGCAAGUUAAUAUAAAUUUUUUGUUUAUUAUGCUAAUCUUUGAUGUCUAGUGCUAAAUAUGUCUAAAUUAUUAUAGUAAUUUCAUUUCAUUUUUAUGUGAUUUUAUUGCUGAAAUGUUUGUAAUAGUUUUAAUAUAUGUAUAUGCUUCAUGUUUCCAUUAAUUUUUCCGCUCAAUUGUUUGAAUGAUAAUGACAUGAAAAUAAAAAAUGUUGAUACAACACAUCCAGCACAAUUAUAUUCUGCCUUUAUACUUUUUAUGAAUUUAAAAAUCUGUGUGUAUAUCCAUCCUGUUUUCAAUUUAUCAAUAAAUAACAUUCUAAAAAUAAUUUUUUAUAUUUUAUUUAAAUAGUUCAUAAAUAAAAAUUUAAAAUUAAAAUGUAUUAAUAAUAAAAUAUAUAAAACUUUAAUUUAAAUAAAAUAACAUAAACAAUUUAAAACUUAAAACUUCAUAUUUUGUCAGCGCGAUGCAGAAGAGAAGGAGAGCCAAAGCAGUCUGGCUCUCUGGCCGGAAUAUUUAUUUGGGAAAGGAAGAAAAAGCAGAGAAGGAAAUCAUCGGAGUGGAAUAAUGUGUUCACUAACAGCCAGUAGACCAGCUCGCGCGAGUAGUGGUGUCGUUUUUGCACCGCGGUAAAACCUAUAAUAGGUUCGGUAGGUUUAUUUUAACAGGUAACAGGUUUAGGUAACCGGCUAUAUAUUUUAGGUAUUAGGUUCACCUAAACACCUAAAUCCAAAAAUUUUUCGCGCUUCGCGCGAGUGUUACUUUCCUUUUCUGUCAGCAGAUGGCAUUGUCAUGUCUCUCCUCAAUCAUAUUAAUCAUAAAUGUCUUGUGGGUCUUAUGUCUUGUUUGGUCUUGUUCUAAAUGUAUGACUAGACUCCCCUCCCCACUCUUGUUGGAGACUUGAAGAGUCAGAAAAGUCAGGAAAAAGAGAGAACCACGCACUUACCCAGACCAAGACCAAAAUCACCAAAACAAACUAACGCGCAGAUCCUACGACGGCACACGACGCAAAGAGAAGAGAAACAGUACUGAGCGGAACGGAACAGAUUUCGACAGAAAGAAACAUGGCCUUUACAUUUAACUUCAUACUUGAUAGAGUUUGGGACGCCCCUGCUGCAUGUGCGUGUUUUUUCAUUUGGAGUUUUGAGACUUUGGUGGACUCAAUUAUUAGAGUGAGGGUCCUUCUCGCCGGCUACGAUUUUUCUUAACCUGUCUUUUGCUUUAAGU